CUCUUAUCCCACGUGACUCGACGUGACACCUGAAGGCUAAGGCAUCACGAAAAAUAAUCCCGUCGCCAACCGCGGAGAUCAACCAUCAACCCCUCCAACGACAUUCAUUCUUUCUCCAUUCCUCAUCUCCAUUCCCACACCCAGACAGAAAAGGGGACCCAAAAUGGACCCCUCCUUCCCCUCCACCCUCGCAGACCUGCACUUCCCCUCCGCCGAACAGCAAUCCAUCAGCCAGACGCUGACCGCGCUGCGCCGCUCCGCCCUCACCGUGACCAACCGGCUGACCAGCAUCGCGACGGACGCGCAGUUCGUGGCCGAGGUGCGCGACCACUACGGGCUGCCCCUGAUCGCCAACGAGCGGUGCGGCAGUUGGUACAUCGCGCCGCGCGACAAGACGGGCAGCGUGUACUUCAAGAGCACGGACGGGCACACCGGGGUGUGGGAUUUCAGCUCGCGUAGACUCAAUCUGCAGGUGUUGGGCGUGGCUGGGCAUUAUGGGGGAUGCAUAAUUGUAGAUUCCACUCGACGGGGUAAAUUAAUGCCCGACGCCCUUUCCAAAACGAUCCCCAUCUGGACGGCCGUGCUGAACCGCGCCCUCUUCCCCGACGCCACAGCCUACCACCCCGUGCAAUUCCCCCCGAAUUUCCUGCCCGCCUCGGAAGAAUCCCAGAUCGAGCGGCGGAUCGACGGGUUUGUCAAGGAUUUGACGGACCUCAACCUCUCCCUCCCCAGCCUCCGCACCCAACUCUCCCGCCCCAUCCGCCUCGCCUGGGCCAACAGAGCCUACUUCCACCCGACCACGCUCACCACAUCCCCGGACGGGGAGUUCAACCUCUUCGUGCUGUGCUCGGCCUCGAAGCGCGUGCACGGCGCCGAGGUGUCCGCGGGCGGAUACAUCCAGGGCGCCGGGGACGACAGCGAGAGCUGGGCGCUGGGGCUCACGCCCCCGCUUUUCUGGGCGCAUAAGGAGGAGCUCCUGCGGCGGAAUGAGGAGGAUAUCCCGGCUUUGAUUGCGGAGUUGCUCGCGCGAGAGAAACAAGGGGGAGCUGCGGGUGAGGGGGAGAGACCAGAGGGGGGAGCGGAAGGCAGCAAGGCGGUGCGGAUUGUUCCCUCCAGGAACUUGUAUCUUGGGCGAGCGGGGGAUUUUGCAAACCCAAAAGCUGGGGUUGGGUUUGAUCUGGUGGUGGAUUGCAACGCCAAACCCGCCGAGUCUGCUACAGCGGACGAAGAGACGCAGGCCACGCAGACCAUGAGGCUGGAUCUCGGUUGUGGCCCCGCGAAACUGGGCAGUCGGGAUCUGCGCAAGAACCUCGACCGCGUGCGGGAGUUUGUCAGGGAGACUCUGUCCCGGAACCCCGAGGCCUCGGUGCUGGUGGUCUGUGAGUCCGGCCGGGAUCUGUCGGUUGGCGCGCUGUUGGCGAUUCUGUGUUUGUUUUAUGACGAGGAGGGAAACUUCACCCCCACCGAGAGGAAGAGUAUUGGAAAGCAGUUCAUUCGGCAGCGGCUGGCGUGGAUCACCCUGUGCCAGCCGGAUGCGAACCCCUCGCGCUCGACCCUGCAGUCGGUUAAUGCGUUCUUGAUGGAGAGACCGGAUUAUUGAGUUUCUCAGGAACGGGAAAGGUCGGAUGGAGUAUCUGCAUGUGCAUGUGGGAUAAUGGGUCAGAACUUGUGCCGGACUUCAUUGGUAGAGAUAUUGACCAAGCUCAGGAGUGGGCGGUAUAGGAACGAUGUCGUGGAUUCGUGGUGGUUGAUGGUUGAUGUAGCGAGCUGGCUUCAACGUAUGGCCAUUCUUAGUGCAUCGCUGGAUGGAUGGUUAAUGGUCCGUAUAGGUGACUGACUUCUCAUUGUGUGAGCUUGGUUGAUAUUAUCAGCUGCGGUGUUACUCUUCACAGCGUCUCAGCCAAGAUUCGAACAGAGGCAUAGAAACUAUACAUACGGC